AACAUUAUUUACGCAAGCUCGUGGUCGUACGGACUUGGCAGAAAAAAAUGACACUUCUACAGAAAAUUCAAGUAAUGAUGUGUCGAAAAAGCCUUCGAGAAAAUUGAGCAAAACAUAUGAUCCAUCGAUCGUUGAACAAGGAUGGUAUGAUUGGUGGGAAUGUAAAGGAUUCUUUGGAUCGAACAAUAUGGGCGAAAAUCUUAAAGAAUCCACAAAAAACUUUACAAUGCUUGCACCGCCGCCUAACAUUACUGGUAAUUUACAUAUUGGACAUGCUUUGACACUUAGCAUUCAGGAUGCAAUUGUUAGAUGGUAUCGAAUGUCUGGCUAUCAGGUAUCAUGGAUACCUGGAACGGAUCAUGCUGGUAUCGGAACACAAUCAGUUGUAGAACGGCAGCUUUAUAAGACAAAAAAUCUUACUCGACAUGACCUUGGUCGCGAAAAUUUUAUUAACGAAGUGUGGAAAUGGCGCGAGCUUCAUGGAAAUCGAAUUAUCGAGCAAAUGAGAUGUUUAGGUGCAUCACUAGAUUGGCAAAAUCUAUUUUUUACUAUGGAUCCUCCUCGAUCACAUGCCGUGACGAAUGCAUUUGUCAAGCUAUUUAAUGAUGGAAUGGUUUAUAGAGAUACAAGACUUGUUAACUGGUGCUGUGCUUUGGGAACUGCGAUUUCAGAUAUCGAAGUAGAUUAUGAAACUGUACAAAAACAAACGUUAUUGAAAAUUCCUGGCCAUAAAGAAAGUGUCGAAUUUGGCGUUUUACACAAAUUUGCUUAUCCUGUUGCUGACAUAUCAAGCGGUCUCUCGGAAUUAAUCGUGGCAACAACCAGAAUUGAAACAAUAUUAGGUGAUUGCGCUGUGGCGAUACAUCCUGAUGAUCCACGAUACAAGUCGCUGCAUGGUAAAGAAGUUAUUCAUCCUUUACUAAACAAGCGAAUACCAAUUGUAUGUGAUGCCGAGCUAGUGGACAUGCAGUUUGCAACUGGAGUUGUCAAGGUGACGCCUGGGCAUGAUAUCAGUGAUUACGCUUGUGCUCGAAGACACCAAUUGCCAAUUAUAAAUAUUUUGAACAAAGAUGGAACACUGAAUGAAAAUUGUGGUAUUACAGACUUAAUUAACAAGGAUCGAUUUGAAGUUCGCAAGGAUAUUAUAAAUCGGCUCCAAUUAUUGGGAUAUUAUCGUGGGAAGGAUGUAAAUCAUGAAAUGAGAAUUGCUAAGUGCUCAAGAUCUGGUGAUAUUAUCGAACCUUUGCUACAACCUCAAUGGUAUAUUAAGUGCAAAGAUAUGCAACUUAGAGCCUUAAAAGACGUCGAAAAUGGAAAAAUGCAGAUCCAACCUAGUUACCAUGUUGAAGAAUGGAAUCGAUGGUUAGGAAAUAUUCAAGAUUGGUGUAUUUCAAGACAAUUAUGGUGGGGACAUCCAGUUCCAGCGUAUAAUUUAACUUAUGAAGGGCAAGAAUCUGAUGAAGGAUUAUGGUUUGCUGCAACUUCAUUGUUGGAAGCUGAACAAUUUGUCAAGAAAUAUUUUCAACAAAACAACAUUUCUUUACAAACAAAUUACACUCUGAAACAAGAUGAAGAUGUAUUGGAUACAUGGUUCUCAUCAGCAUUAUUACCAUUGUCAUCUUUGAACUGGAAAGGUGACCAAAAUAUUCCCGAGAAUUACCCUACAACAAUGAUAGAAACAGGGUUCGAUAUUUUAUUCUUCUGGAUAGCUCGAAUGACGAUGUUAUGUACUUAUUUCUCAGGGGAACCUCCUUUUAAAAGAAUUUUAUUACAUGCAAUGGUUCGAGAUGCGCAAGGGCGUAAAAUGUCAAAAUCACUUGGAAACGUAAUCGAUCCGUUAAAUGUAAUUGAAGGUGUCACAUUAGAAGAAAUGCAUCAAACAAUACAUAAUAGUAACUUAUCGAAAUAUGAAAUAGAAAAAAGUAUUAAACUCUUAUCAAGAGAAUUUCCUGAGGGAAUUAAAGCAUGUGGUACUGACUCAUUAAGAUUUGGUUUGGUAAAUUAUACUCAACAGUCCAGACAAAUCAAUCUUAAUAUCUCAUAUAUCACAUCUGUCUUACAUUUUUGUAACAAACUUUGGAACUUGUUCAAAUUCUCAAACGAUCGUUUCUCAUCUUUAAAUCACAUCACACACAUUAAAGAAACAGUAUCUUGCAAUUCAUUUUUAGAAUCUAAAAGUAAUUUAACAUUAAUAGAUAGAUAUAUAUUAUCAAGAUUAUCUAAUACAGUAACAAAGUGUCAACUGGGGUUUGAAAAUUUUGAAUUAUUUGAAGUCACAAGGGUUGUGAAGGAUUUCAUAGUUGAAGAUUUAUGCGGGAUUUAUUUGGAAUUUAUCAAACCUAUCUUGUAUGAUAAUUCUGAAAAUACUGACAAAAAGGUUCAAAAAACGGCUUUAAAAGUAUUAGAAACUUGUUUAGAUACAUCACUUAGACUGUUACACCCUUUUAUGCCAUUUAUAACGGAGGAGUUAUGGCAGAGUCUUGUUGAAAGGUGUGAUAAUAAUAUAAAGUUGGGAACUCCAGAAUCGAUAAUGGUGUCAAGAUAUCCGAAAGUUGCAGAUUUUGAAAAUCAGAAGGAUUAUACUGUUGAAGACGAUAUGAAGAUGGUUUUGAGCGUAAUCCAUGCAGCAAGAUCACUUCGCCAAAGUAAUAACAUACCACUCGGACAACAAUUACCAUUUAUCAUAUGGUCGGAUGACCGAGGUUUAUUAGGUGAUCAAGGUCUAAUUAAAAAAUAUUUUCAAGAUAUAAAAAAGUUUAUUAAAGCUUCCGAAAUUCGAGUGAUCGAUGACAAUAUUCAAGAUGAAUCUGUAAAGACUUUACUAACGGAUUCGGCGGUAACUUUGAUUUCUACAAAUCUAAAAGUUUACGUUCCAAUGAGUUCAAUCUUAGAAAUUCAGAAAAGUACUGAUGGCAAGGACAAAGUCAAAGCUUCAAGUGAUAAUUCAUCUGGUAUUCCCAGAACUGAAAACUUGUCAAGACUGAUUAAAAAAUAUGAAAAAAUUUCAAAUGAGAUUGAAAAUUUGCAAGGAAGGAUCACUAAAGUUGAAUAUUUGAAAAAAGUUCCUGAAAAAGUUAAAGAGAAUGACAGGAAAAAAUUAAUGUUAUUGAUCGAUCAGAAGAAUGACUUGGAAAAGAACAUAAAGUUGUCUCAAAAUAUAAAUGAAUAUAUUCAAAGUUAA